AUGUCUGAGGACUCCACUCUCGCUGACCGUACUCCCCAGCUCUCCGUCGAGGAUCAGGAGAAGGGCGUGGUCAAGGACUCGAAGGCAGACAAAGAGUCCGGCUCUGACCGCCUCGCAUCUUUAAGCCAAGGACGAAAGAACCUGCUGCUCCUCAUCUUCUCGAUUGCUACCUUUGUCGAUGUCUGCAACGUUUCGGGGGCAGCAGUAGCUGUGGCUCAGAUCAGUCAAGACAUUCAGCUCGGUGCCUCUCAGGUCGUCUGGAUUAUCACCAGCUACAGUAUUUGUUUUGCUGCCUUCUUGCUCUUUGCUGGCCGUCUCAGUGACAUCUUUCCCGCCUCGAUCGUGUUUGAAGGCGGCUUCUUCGUCCUAGGAAUAUUCAGCCUGGUCGUGUCAUUUGUAACAUCCAACAAAUAUGGUUUCUUGAUCCUGCGAGGACUCGCCGGUAUCGCUGGAAGUAUGACUAUACCAUCUUCUUACCACCUUACCGUGCACAUGUUUCCUGAUCACAAGGAGCAGCAGGCAAAGUUGGCUCUGCUCUCCCUGUCUGGAGCGAUAGGCAAUGUACUAGGACUGCAAGUCAUGACCCCAGUAGUGCGCCAGAGCUACAAAUGGUUCUUUCGAGUGCUCGCCAUUAUCUGCUUUAUCUUCACCAUCAUCUGCGUACUAAUACUCCCCAUGACCGGCCACGAAGGCCAGGUCGAUGGCAUACCCAAAUGGAAGAAACUCGACUUGAUCGGGGUCGGGCUCUUGGCAGCGGCUCUUGUCUGUUUCAUCUUGUCCCUUACUCAAGGUCCCAUCGAUGGUUGGGGGUCGGCUGCUUUCAUUGCUCCGUUUAUCAUCAGCUUUGCUGCUGGUAUAGCAUUCUUCUUCUGGGAGUCCUGGAUUCCCCAGAAGACGGCGGUACUGCCGAGCUCGGUCUGGAAGAUCUCCAACAUCAUCAUCAUGAGCUUGGCUAUCGGAAUAGCAUGCAACGAGCUGACAGCCCUCACAGUCCCGUUCUGGUCAACAUCGCAACUCAUGUACUCGACCUACUUUCAGGAAGUUUUGCAAUGGACUCCGAUAAAAGUCUCAGCGGCGAUGCUGCCGCAAGGCAUCACGGGUCUCAUCAUUGGUGGCUCAGCCCAGUACAUUCCUCAGAUCAUCACCAAGCCCAAGUUCACUCUUCCCCUCGGCGGUAUUUUGAUUAUUGCUGCCGAGAUACUUCAGAUAUUUUCCAAUGGUGGGCAUGGUAAAGACUACUGGAGGUUUUGUUUCCCAGCAUACAUUCUCGGCAGUGCCGGUGCGAUCUUGUCAUACCUUUGCACAUCAAUUAAUCUCAUCACGUACUGUCCACCCGAGAUGGCUGGAGUAGCAGGAGCUCUUGUUCAAGUCGUCGCUCAGAUAGCAUCCGCCAUCACUCUCGCCGUACAAGCAUCUUUUGAAGGCCAAGGCGUGCAAGACUGGAACAUGGCCGCUCGCCGUUCAUUCUACUUUCAGAUCGCGUGGACGGCUGUGCUUUGUAUACAAUUCGUCGUCUUUUUCAGAAAACCGACGUCCCCCGAGGAGGCGCAUGAAGCUACUAGGAAGAGGAUCGCGGAAAGCGGUAAAGAUGCUGGGCUGUAA